AUGUUUAUAAAGGAUGUGAUAAUUGCCAUGAAAUAAAAAUAAAGAAUUAUUAAGAAUCUAAUGGACAAGUUUUGUGAUGCAAUUUCAAAUUCUUUUUCAACACGUUUUUAUUUUUUUACUAUUUACUAGUAUUUUUGUUUCAAAAUAUCUCUUUAUUAUAAUGAUAGUAACAUUGAUUUAGAAUUCUGA